AUGCCGCAAGGUGAUCACAUAGACCUUUCCAUAAAGCGGCAUGGACGCCGCUUUGACUACCACGAGCGCAAGCGCAAGAAGGAGGCUCGUGAAGUUCACAAGAGAUCCAAACAAGCCCAGAAUACUCUGGGUAUCAAGGGUAAGAUGUUGGCCAAGAAGCGUUAUUCUGAGAAGGCCUUGAUGAAGAAAACAUUGGCUAUGCACGAGGAGUCCUCGACCAGGCGAAAGGUUGAUGAUGAUGUUCAUGAAGGUGCUCUUCCUGCAUAUCUUCUUGAUCGCGACGAGACAACCAGAGCCAAGGUUCUCAGUAACACAAUAAAGCAGAAGAGGAAAGAAAAGGCAGGAAAAUGGGAAGUUCCCCUACCAAAGGUCAGACCCGUUGCUGAAGAAGAGAUGUUUAGAGUGAUCAGAUCUGGCAAAAGGAAGACUAAACAGUGGAAGAGAAUGAUUACCAAGGCCACAUUCGUUGGACCUAGUUUCACUAGGAAACCUCCGAAGUACGAGCGUUUUAUUCGCCCGACUGGUUUACGUUUCACAAAAGCCCAUGUGACUCACCCUGAACUUAAAUGUACGUUCAAUUUGGAGAUCAUUGGCGUGAAGAAAAAUCCUAAUGGCCCCAUGUAUACAUCUCUGGGUGUUAUGACCAAGGGAACCAUAAUUGAGGUGAAUGUUAGUGAACUCGGUCUUGUCACCCCUGCUGGGAAAGUUGUAUGGGGGAAAUACGCGCAAGUCACGAAUAAUCCUGAAAAUGAUGGUUGCAUUAAUGCUGUUCUACUCGUCUAA